AACUUGUCUUUUGGUGCUCCGUUCGUUUCUCCACGCGUUUUGUUUUCUUCCCCUAGAAGAAGCCUCUCUCUCUCUCGUUCUCUCUCUAUCCGCUAGGGUUUGAGAGCUCCUCCCAUGGCGAAUCCGGAGGAAUCGAGCCCUCUUCUGAGCCAAAUGGACGGCGACGACAAGGUCGCUUCCGCCCUGGCCCCCGCCCCGGCUCCAGCGAAGCCCUCUUCGGCGGCGCCGCCGCCUCCGGCCAAGGGCUGCGCGGCGGAGUGGACUGCGGACGGGGUCCCGAUGGGCCAUGUGAGCGUCGUCGGCGAGCCCGUGGCGCGGAACCGGUGGGACUCGGGCCUCUUCUCGUGCCUCGGCCGCAACGACGAGUUCUGCAGCAGCGAUCUCGAAGUGUGCCUUCUUGGAAGUUUUGCUCCUUGUGUGCUGUACGGCAGCAAUGUUGAGAGGCUUUCAUCUGGGCAGGGUUCUUUUGCAAAUAAUUGCUUGCCAUACACUGGCCUCUAUUGUCUUGGAAACUCUCUCUUUGGGUGGAAUUGCAUAGCACCAUGGUUCGCGUAUCCUGCCCGCACGGCUAUUCGCCAUAAAUUCAAUCUCGAAGGUAGCUUUGAGGCGUUCACUCGAUCGUGCGGCUGCUGCUGCCAAAGCAUGGUCGGGGACGAAGCAAAGCGCGAGCAGGUUGAAAUGGCAUGUGAUUUCCUGACCCACUACAUGUGCCACCCUUGCGCUCUCUGCCAGGAGGCCCGGGAGCUGCGCCGCCGUUUGCCCCAUCCUGGAUUCAACGCGCGAUCUGUCCUUGUUAUGAUGCCUCCCAUGGAACAGACCAUGGGUCGCAGCGCCUAAAUCUCUCUCUCUCUAUCUCUCGGUGUGGCCUUUUCGCGUAAUAAUCUACUGUAUUUUCCUCAUUUUACAAUUUUGAUCCACUCUUUGCAUCGUAGUCUUUUUUGCAAGUAUCUGCCUGAAUAUUUUUGGAAUCUCGUAUAAGUUACCCUGCGAAGUUGGUAGCUGCACCUAUGUCUCUGAAAACCAUAUUUGUUUGCAUUCAUGCCCCAAAAGGGAUACAUAUGCAAAAUUUCGUUUUCGCACAGUGCAAGUACCAGAGUUAUAUAUAUCUAUGCGAGAAAACCCUUUGUAUUUUUGGCUUUUGUCGAAAUAGAUAAAAAUUGGAUCGAAGUUGUAAAACAAGAAAACGGUCGAUUAUUUUUGCGGAAAGAAAGAACACUCGGUGUUUCUGUUGGCGUAUAGUUGUUUGUGUGGUGAUUUAGUAUGCUUGGGUGAACCUGAAAUACUGGUGUUUUAUGUGUGUGUGUAUGUAAUUUGUGUAUGUUGUUUGUAUUUUCGUACCAGUGAUUUGGAGCCUUGCAACGAAUUUCAGUAAUGUGAUAUAUAUUUAUAUAUUAAAAGAUUCAUAAAGCUGUGUAAUUUCGGGCAAUAUCAUGAAGCAACAACUUGCUCUACGAGGCAUAUUUUGUAUA